AUGCGUGGGGCAUUUUCUUGUAAUUAUAGACUUCAACCAACGUCAGUGGUUCCCUUUCACGCGGCGAUCCCGCGGUACCUCCUCUCACGGCCUCUCCUCGUCGUCCGUCGUGUCGUCUCAAACAGCCGAACACGCACUAUCACAGUCGCGGCGCUAUCGCGACUGCCUCGCUACCACGUUUCCGCACUAGCCCCAGCAGCCGCACUUGAGUGCGCGAACGACAGCAGAAACGGGAGCUUCCAACCCCGUGCAACCGCCUCGUCUUCCUUCUCGCCAGCUCAAUUCGCAUUCCCGCCUCCCCGUUUCUCCUUUCCAAUCCCCAGGACCCCUUCCGGUCACCCCGUUUCCCCUUCCCGCUUCCCCAAUUCCCCUUCCCGCUCUCCGUUUCCCCUUCCCGCUCUCCGUUUCCCCUUCCCGCCUCUCCGUUUCCCCUUCCCGCUCCCCGUUUCCCCUUCCCACCACCCCGUUUCCCCAUCCCGCUCCCCGUUACCCCUCCCCGCCUCCUCGAUUCCCCUUCCCGCCUCCCCGUUUCCCCAUCGCGCUCUCCGUUUCCCCUUCCCGCCUCUCCGUUUCCCCUUCCCGCUCCCCGUUUCCCCUUCCCACCACCCCGUUUCCCCAUCCCGCUCCCCGUUACCCCUCCCCGCCUCCUCAAUUCCCCUUCCCGCCUCCCCGUUUCCCCAUCGCGCUCCCCGUUACCCCUUCCCGCCUCCUCAAUUCCCGUUCCCGCCUCCCCGUUUCCCCUUCCCGCUCCCGAUUUCCCCUUCCCGCCUCCCCGUUUCCCCGUCCCGUUCCCGUUUCCCCUUCCCGCCUUCCCGGUUCCCCGUCCCGCUCCUCGUUUCCCCUUCCCGCCUCCCCGUCGACCCUUCUCGCUCCCCGUUUCCCCUCCCCGCUCCCCGUUUCCGCUUCCCACCUCCCCGUUACCCCUUCCCGCCUCCUCAUUUCCCCUUCCCGCCUCCCCGUUUCCCAUUCCCGCCACCCCGUUUCCCCUUCCCGUCUUCCCAUUACCCCUUCCCGCCUCCCCGAUUUUGCUUCCUGCUCCCCAUUUCCCCUUCCCUCCUCCCCGUUUCCCCUUCCCGCUCCCCGUUUCCCCUUCCCACCACCCCGUUUCCCCAUCCCGAUCCCCGUUACCCCUCCCCGCCUCCUCAUUUCCCCUUCCGCCUCCCCGUUUCCCGUUCCCGCCUCCCCAAUUCCCCUUUCUGCCACCCCGUUUCCCCUUCCCCGUCUCCCCGGUACCCCUUCCCGCCUCCCCGUUUCCCCUCCCCGUCUCCCCAUUACCCCUCCCCCCUUCCUCCCUCUCAUUUCCCCCUCUUCUCCUCCUUUUUCUCCCCGCUUCUCCCUCUCAUUCGCCCCCUUGCUCCCUCGCAUGUCCCCCCUUUCCCCCUCUCGUUUCCCUCCCAUUCACCUGCCCAUUUGCCCCCCUUCUCCCUCUCAUCUCCCCCCUUUCUCCUUCUGUUUCGCCCUUCUCACACUCUUCCCCCUCCCCACCUUGCUCACUAUAUUCCCCGCUACUCACCCUCUUUCCCCCUGCUCACUAUCUUCCCACCAGCUCGCUCCCUUCCCCCCCACCACUUUGUUUAG